AUGACCUCGAGAGGUCCGACCACAGCGACUGCGCGCGCAUCGCCUCCAAACGCUCCGCAUCCAGUCCCCUUUCCCCGCCGCGCAUCCCCAAACACCUCCGUCUCCCUCAAACAUCACCGUCAGCCCCGCCAGCCGUCGCGCCUGCACAAAGUCUCCUCCCCGGACAGCGAGGACGCGGACGCGGACGCGCAGCAGCUGCAAGAGGACCCAACCAACGCCGAAUCAGGUGCCUCCACCUCUCCCUCCAGCCUCCAAGCCGUCGGCGCCAAAGGAAGCUCCGGCGAGAGCAGCAACGCGGAGAGAUGGUUCGAACAGUCCAACAACCAAGUGCGAGAUAGCAGCGCCCCCUUCGCGGACAACGACCCUCCCUUCUUCCUACGCAACAACUCCUCCUCCUCCGAGACUCCUCCCGAUCGUCGACUCGGUGUCGACAGUCUUCCCCGUCGCGACGCCGCCGAGUCUUUGCCCCUUCGCACUGGACUGUUGCAUAUCGGCACCGACGGCAGCAGUACAGAGGACUUUAGGAGCGUGAUCGACGACCUCACCAUCGCCAACAAAAAGCUGAAGCGGAGGCUGAAGAAGUAUGAGAAGCUACACGAUUCCCAUUUGAAGGACGAGAAGUUGUUUGAAGUGCGGAUCCAUGGUUUGCCGGCGGAACGCAAGCGAGAACUGGAAGAGACCUUGCGCAAGUUCGCAUUAAGCCUGGGCCCGGCUGGCACCACUGCCUUCCCUUCCAAUGGAUAUGCAAGCCUCGCCACCGGCCUGAAGACGGGCAAGGACUCCUCCUCGCACACUUCUCAUCAAAACACCGACUCGGCCUACGCCUCCAUGUCCGCUUCCGGGCAGUCGGGCAACGACCAAAGAUCGACCCCGAAUCAGUAUCCCGCCGCUCGGACACAAAACAUCCACAACUACCUGCACCACAUCCCCGAGGGCUUGCUACCCCAGCAAAAUCCCGCGAGUAUGACAGAAAAGGCAAAGAAGAAAAUGGUGGUGCGGAGGCUCGAGCAUUUGUUCGCGGGGAAGGGGGCAGCGAGUGGUGGGCACCUGCAUAGCAUGCAGCAACAAGAAGUCUCGCAAAGCGCCGCGAGAAUCGAUCGGUCGGCCAUGGAGGAGUCUGAUCAACGCGCACGAUAUGAAGGUGCUCGGGAGGCGUACAUUAUGGAUGACGAGGGAAAAGAUCAAGGAGUGGAGGGUGGAGGGGUUGGACGGAAAGGCCUUUCCGAACAACGACCCACGCGACCCCUCGAUCUCGAUCCACACCGUGCCCAAGUACCAGCAGAAAAUAUCCGCUACAUGCGCCAGAUGGGCUUCUCCCCUCGCGAUCCAGGAUCAGAGGAGCUGGCAGAGGGACAUGGCUGGAUCUACUUGAAUUUCCUCAUCAACAUGGCCCAGCUUCAUACCAUCAACGUCACUGCCGACUUUGUUCGCAAAGCAAUCAGCGAUUACAGCAACAAGUUCGAAGUGUCUCUGGAUGGGCGCAAGGUGCGGUGGAGAGGGGGCGAUUCGGUCACCCGAUGCAGCAGCAGUGCCGGCGACUCCUCCCAUCGCACCAGCAACGAUACCCCCGAUGCACAGAGCCCUCGCAAGCGACAAAAGCUAUCGCACGGCGAUGAUCGCUCGGGCGGGCAGCCAAGCGGCGGGUCUUCCGCGAGACUUCGUCAAGAGAGCACCAAGUAUGCGUACACCCCGCUCUUCUUCCAUCGCGCAAAUUCCGACGAGGCAGAAGACUCGUCGUCCGAGGAAGAUGAUGAUGAUGUCAGUCUGCCCUCGCUUCCACCCGCGCUCUUUGCCGGCGAUUCGUCUGGCAUGACCAGCUCCGGCAUUCGCACCAACUAUGGAGUUCCCGGGCCGACCGGCAAGAAGAGGCCCAAGCACGACGACGGUCCGAUCAUCUUUUACAAUAACGCGCGGUUCUGUACCGACCUCAGUGGUGAUCGACGAACUACGCCAAACCACGCCAUCCCCUCCUACACAAUGGCGAGUAGUAUCCCAAUUGGACCUCCUCUACAUGGCACAGCUGGCGGUGUCAUCGAGAAGCGAGGUCCUCUUGCAGAUGCAUCGGAACUGCCCGAGCCAAUGGAUCUUGGGGACAAUCCCAUCCCAGAGUCCAUGGAGCUGACAUUCCCCGCGCGAUCACCGCCGCAAUCUCAUCAAUCGUCGUCGACGGCACAGAUGCCGCUGGACCUCGAGGUUACCGGGAUCGGGGGUGUCUGGCCUGCCGACCACUUCUCCAUCUCCGUCGAAAGCCGCAACACCGUCGUGGUGCAGCAGCAACCCGCAAGACCUGUAUUAUCCAUGGUCCCUGGACGAUUUACCAAAAUUCUGCAAGACUCCGAAUCGCUGGGCAUUACCACACCCAGACUGCAGAAGCAGGUGGUUGCUUCGAAAGUGCAGACUCUCCCACCGUCGCGACUGCCGGAGGCGCUCAAUUUCAUGGCUUUUGGCGAAGAUUCCGAGGGCGAGAAUGACUUCGAUGGGGACGACGAAUCUGAAGCACCCGAUUCUCUCGACGCACCGCCACCCGCCACCGCCCCGCAGCCUGUCGACAUGCACUACGCUUCGAUGUCGGAAGACGAGGAGAGUGAUGAUGACGAGGACGAUGAUGACGACAUGGAGGAAUCUGACGGCGAAAUUGACUUUCUAGCUACCGCGCGUGCAGCGGAACCCGAAAUGGUGCGACAGCAGGAGCGCGAGUACGAGGCCAACAUGGCCGAACGGCUUGCCGAAGAGAUUCCCACUGGAAGCAGCGCUGCUACUGCUGGAGGGGGGAGUGGAUUCGCAAGUCCGGCUGACGGUGUCGACCGCACCGAAUACCGACGGGCGAUCCAGGAAGCGCGAGCCAAGGCGAAGCUAGCAAAGGCAACGGAGUCAAUGACCGCGAGUCACAAGCAGACAUCUUCGAGGGACAAUGAUAGCAAUGGCGAGGAGCAACUGAGUGAUGUGCCAUCUGAGAUUUAG